GGUCUUGGUCCUUCACUUAGUCCCUUCAUAUAUGACACUACAACUGCCAAUUACUAGAAGUCUAACCAUUGCAAAAUGAGGACUGCUAGUACUACUACUGUCUUCUCUUUGCUGGUCUAUUUCUUAGUGGUUCAUCAAAUAGCAUCAUUGGGUAAUAACAUGAAUGGUGUCAAUGGUUCAAUACAUGAUGAUUGUAACAUACUUAUCUGGAGAAUAGGAGCAAUCGUUGAUCCAACAGCAAGAGUGGGUAAAGAGCAAAAGAUAGCUAUGGAAAUGGCUGUUGAUGACUUUAAUGGCCAAAAUUCCAAAUGUUCACAGUUAAUUUUCAACUUUGCUUAUUUUCAUGAGAGCUCAGGUCCUGCAGCUUCGCUCGCAACUUAUCUUGUCAACAAGAAGCAAGUGCAUGCCAUACUUGGACCAUUGACACACCAAGAAGCUGCUCUAUUUUCUGACUUUGAUGAUGAAGCCAAUAAAGGCAUCCCCAUUAUUUCUCUAAGUCUAGCCGCGACAUAUUCGACACUAUUACUGACGGAACCAUCUUCACUUAUCCAAAUGAGUAACAAUGUUAAGUCCCAAAUGCAAUGUUUUGCUGCCUUAAUUGGCCAUUUCAAAUGGAGAAAAGUGAUAGCUUUAUAUGAAAUUAGUAACAGCUUCUCCAAUAUGGAUUAUGGACUAAUCACUCACCUUUCAGACUCACUUAAAUUUGUUGACUCUACUGUUGAAUAUCAUUUGGCUUUUCCUCCUCUCUUCUCUGUUUCAAAUUCAAGAUUAUUCUUUCAAGAAAAGCUGGAGAAGUUAAGAACCAAGAAUGUAAAAGUUUUUGUGGUGGCACAGUGUUCUUUAGAGUUUGGUUUGGUUCUUUUUGAGAUGGCAACAGAAAUGGGAAUGAUGGGGAAAGAUUAUGUAUGGAUUAUUUCAGAUAAUAUGGCAAGUCUUCUUGACUCUGUUGAAACUUCUGUUUUACUAAAUAUGCAAGGUGUAAUUGGAUUUAAAGCAAAUGUUAAUGAAAAAACGGAGUCUUUUAGAGAUUUCAGUGUUAAGUUCAGGAGAAAGUACAGAUCAGAAUAUCCUGAAGAAGAAGGAUAUCCAAGUCCUAGUUCAUAUGCUCUUAAGGCUUAUGAUGCAACUUUGGCAACUGCUAAGGCAAUGCAAAAGUUAUCAAAAACAAAAAACAGUUCAAGUGAACUAGUGAAAAGCAUACUGUUGAGUGAUUUUGAAGGUUUAAGUGGUAAAGUUAGCUUCAAGAAUGGCAUGUUAUUUCAAAAGCCAACCUUUAGGAUCAUUAAUGUCAUUGGCAAAAGCUAUAGAGAAGUGUCAUUUUGGUCACCAAAGGUUGGUUUUUCUGAGGACUUUGUUGAAUAUAAUGGGGUGAAAUUGAGAAUUGGCAAUGGUUUAGGAGGGGCUUUAGAGUCAAUUUUGUGGCCAGGUGGUAAGCAAACUGUUCCAAAGGGGUGGACUAUAGGAGGACUAGAAAAACCACUCAAGAUUGGAGUACCUGCAAGGGGUGCAUUUAAUCAGUUUGUGACAGUUAAUUUUAACCAAGAAAGGAAUGAGACUCUGAUUGGUGGAUUUUCAGUUCAUGUUUUUGAAGCUGCUGUGAGGCAACUUCCUUAUUAUCUGCCCUAUGUGCUUGUUCCCUUCUAUGGCACUUAUGAUGAAAUGGUGGUAGGAGUUUCAAACAAGAGUCUGGAUGCAGCCGUAGGUGAUACAGAAAUAAUGCCUGAUCGCUAUGAGCAUGCAGAAUUUUCACAGCCCUACAUUGACUCUGGACUAGUCAUGGUAGUGACGGAAAGACCAAUACUCAAAAAGACCCAUUUUAUUGUUAUAAAGGCCUUCAAGUUGAAGUUGUGGAUUCUGCUGGCAGUGAUGAGCAUGUCCACAGGAGUUGUCAUCUGGUUAAAUGAAUACGUAAAUGACAACUCAGAUUUCAGUGGUUCAUUCCCUCAGCUUAUUGGAUCCAUGCUUUGGUUCUCUGUCACUGUUCUCUCUUUUUCACAAAGAGAGUCGAUCAAAAGCAAUCUUUCUCGACUUGUGCUGACAACAUGGUUAUGUGUAGUUGUAGUUGUUACAGCUUGCUUUACUGCAGUUCUUUCCUCUAUUAUGACAGUUCCUAGGCUGGAACCUUCUGUAUUAAACGUUGAUUAUCUUAUAAGGACCAAUGCUGCAGUUGGUUGCAAUAACAAUUCAUUUAUAGUCAGAUAUCUUGUGAAUUUGCAAUUCAAGCCAGAGAACAUCAAGCAAAUCAGCUCAAUCAGUGACUACCCCAAAGCUUUUGAGAAGGCAGAAAUUUCUGCUGCUUUCUUUGUAGCUCCACAUGCCAAAGUUUUCCUUGCAAAGUACUGCAGAGGUUACACCAAAUCUGGACCUGUCUUUAAACUUGGUGGAUUUGGUUUUGUCUUUCCAAAGGGUUCUCCCUUAGCAGUUGAUAUCUCAGAAGCUAUUCUUAAAGUCUCACAGAGUGGAGAGAUAAAUCAACUAGAAGAACAAAUGCUUAUUUCUUCAAAUUGCUCUUCUUCAUCAGCUAGGGAACAGGAUCCUGGAUUAGGACCAGAGUUGUUCUCAGGCCCAUUACUGAUUUCAGGUGUUAUAUGUGGAAUUGUACUUCUGAUCUCAAUUGCUCGUUUAGUCAGAAAACACUGGCUAUAUUUAAGUUCUGUAAUUGCAAAUAAUGCAAAUAUAGUUCUUAGAUGGGCUUCUCUUGUUCUGACUCAGUGUUAUACAAUAUUAGGACUAAGGUCCUCUAAAGAUAGCAACAUUGUGAUGGAGCAAAGACCAAGUAAUCAACAGAAUGGCGAAAUUACAGGGGUAUUCUGAUGGGCCAAAAGCUGGCAAAUCAAGAACAGCAAUUGACAACUGCUAGUUGUCUCUUGUCUAAGAUUGUAAAUAUAUGAUUUUGUUCCUUUUUCAAGAUCAGCAGUUGUAAAUGAGCCAGAGAACGGAGUAAAUUCUCUGUGCAAGUUGAUUUGGUGAUACCUUAUAGAGGCUCUACUUUUCUAUUUCAUUAU